AUGGAUUACGAAAUUUCCAAAUCAGCGGAACGCAUUCCGCUGUCAUCUUAUCGAGUACUAAGUAAGCGACUGAAUUUAAAUUCCGCUGGUCUUGUGAAUUACAUCGGUUUUCUGGUCGCGCUCGUAUGUGGUUUUAUUUUUGGAAAAUAUAUGCAAGAGUUACAUGAGACGAAACUUUGGUUUUCGCAUAUCGAGCAAGUUGAACAGGAGAUAUCAUUGAGGACUGAAGCUGGUCUUUAUUAUUUCUACUAUAAGUUUGCUGUUCAUCCACAGAUGUCAUUUAAUAACACAAUUUAUGCACUGAUGCAUGAUAACAGCUGGCUUUAUGGAAUGCUUGUUUUUACAUGGAUGCUCACAAACAUUGAUGAUAGCACUCGGGUUUUCUUUACUGUUAAUUUGCGGGAAAAUUUUGCAUUGCCGUUUUUCUGGUUGCAAAACGCGUGCAUUGUUAUGGUGCUGCGGGCCACUGCAAGGUCGAUAAUAUCGUAUCAGUUGCAGUUCAUCUUGGUGCUACAGUCGAUAUCUCUGGUUGGAAUUAGUCUGAUUAUACCUCGUCUAUCAUCCACCGUUAUUUUGUUUCUCUUGCUGCAAUCACAAGCAUUUUUCUUGGUUGUAUUAGUUCAGUUUGGCCAGCCAAUAAAUAUUGCUUCCAUUUGCACGGCCUUUAAUUUAAGCUCAGUUGUGAUUCUUCGUUUGACAACCAAAACUGAAAGAAGUCGAAUGAGUAUAAUAUUGCUGAAGUCUGUUUAUAUCAUUGCAUUAACGCUGUCGCUAAAUUGGUUUAUUCGUUAUCUUGUGGGUGCUGAAGCUGACACCCAUGUGUGGACUUUUGUAAAAGCAAAAAUUGGUUUAAUUUCCAGGUCCUCAGUACCCUUUGAAAGUGCAUUGUAUUUAUGCCAUGGAGCUUUCGCUUAUCUCGAUAGUGACUUCUUUCGGCGAACAUCGCUGAAUGGUUGCUUCCCGAUGUUCACAGCAGCAAUACUCAUUGUUACUGUUAUGACGAUAUAUUCGGUUGCACUGCAAUCCUGUGAUCGAGGAUCUGUGCCUGCAUUUAUCGAUCAUUUUGGGCCAGAAAUGAUUUUUAUCGUCAUUCAGUCAAUAUUAUGUGGAAUAAUUGCUGUUUUUACUCUUCGAAUGAAGUACCUUUGGUUCCCGCAAAUUGCCCUUGUUGCCUGCAUCUUACCUGUUAUGAUUUCGAAGUGCUCGGGACGAUUUGUUGUUCAAGUGGCAGUAAUAGCUACAAUCACAACUCUGCUAUACAAUCAUUAUGGUAUUUAUAAGGAACAGAUGGCGAAUGAACAAGAAUUUUAUGAUCCCGAUACUGUUGCUUUAAUGGAAUGGAUCAAAAGGUCAACGCAACCUUUAACGUCAUGGGCAGGAAGUAUGCAGCUGAUGGCUGGAGUAAAAGCUUGCACAGGAAGAUAUUUGGCUAAUCAUCCACACUUUGAAGAUAAGUGGUUGCGUGAUCGGACAUUACAGCUUUACCAGAUGUAUGGUCGAAAAACUCUCGCUGAAAUGCAUGAAAUUUUAACAGUUCAUAAGGUAGACUACAUUAUAUUGGAAGACAGUAUAUGUCUGGCCACCUCAACAGGAUGCUCAACGAAAGACCUGGUGGAUGUUGCUAAUGAUGAUAUACCCGAAUAUGCCAUGUCAAAAAAAAUAGAUUCAGAGAAGCGGUUUUGUGAUCGAAUACGCUAUGCUGAUGAUGAAACGGAACUUUAUUUUAAGCUAGUAUUUGAAAAUCCCACCUUCCGCGUUUAUCAAGUACUCGGCAAUGGCUAA